AUGUCAGAUAGAGUAUCAAGGCUUGCUGAAUUGAGAAGAAAUAGAAACAAGUUUGAUAAAGAAGAAGUCAAGGAUGAUAAACUGAAACAUGAUGGCAUACUUGAAAAAGAGGUCAUUGGCACAGAUCAAAGUCAAAUUGAAAAAGAAUCAUCAUCAUUUAAAGAUACAAAUUUAAGGGAACAAUAUCACGAAAAAUUAACUUCAAUAGAUGAAAUGAAAUCUGAUUUACAAGGUUACUAUAACAAAGCUGAAAUAAGGACGAAUAGAGCCAUUAACAAAAUAAUUCAAGAUAGGCUUGAAAAUGCUAUAUAA